AGUGGGGAUUGUUGUAGGAAAACAAGUUUCAAUUUUUUUUUAGACGAAAAAAUAGAGUACAAUGGUUAGACAGAAGAACAUUCCUGCAAAAAAGACUAAGGAUGCGGAAUUUUGGAAUAUGCAUAGUAACAAUUUUAUACCAGUCAUAAAAAAGCGUAAAACACAAAGAAAAUAUAAAUCCACGAAUAUAAAUAUAUUACUGCCUAAGGAUAGCAAUAAAAAGUUCCAUUUAGGAAAUAUAUUUAUUGGUACUACUAAUAAUGUGUUUCCGGAUGAAUAUAAAAAGUGCAAAAUCAUUUUUAAUUCUGUGGAAGAUGAGGAAAAGGAUACAGUCGUUGUAGAAUGUGACGGGUCACUAAUAGUUCUUAUUAAAGUUAAUUUUGAUGUAGACAUGUUAAAAGAAAUAUGUACAAUGAAAUUUUUGGCUCUGAAAUUUGAGACAAAGAAUGGUGAGGUAUACAUGGAUAUUUAUUUUCAAAAUUUACCAUUGCCAAAGUUUUAUACUAAACUUGGUAAUUGUCUCAAAACUCUUUUCCAUCUGAUGUACAACUUUGAAACAGACACUGCCAAUGAAACUGCUUUGGAAAUAUGUGAUAGAAAUCUCCAUGGUAAUGCGGAAAUUUUGAAUUUAUAUAAAGAUAUAUCUGCUGUUAGGAAAUGUAAUUUGAGCAACAGCGAAAAUAUACAACAUCCUUGCUUGAAACCAAAAUUGAGGCCAUAUCAAGAACAGGCGGUGAGAUGGAUGCUUCAUAGAGAACGGAUGAUUAAUAUUGAAAAUGAUUUGCUCCAUCCACUUUACACAACAGUUGUAUUAAAAUCAGGGCUCACGAUUUAUUACAAUAAGUACACAGGUUAUGUAGAUAUAGACAAGCCUGUGGUCCCACCAUGUUGUAAUGGUGGGAUACUAGCCGACGAAAUGGGUUUAGGCAAAACUGUCGAGGUGCUUGCUUGCAUACUGUUAAAUAAACGAUCAACAAAUAACUCGCAAGCACAGGAAACCAGUUGUCUAACUCUAGGCAUUGAUAUUGAUCCAGGAGAGCUACUGAAGUCUCCAACAGUAGACAAGCAGUUGAGAAAACGUAAGUUAGUUGAAGAAGAUACCGCACCCAAUCAAGUUGUCAAUCAACCAAAGAAGUUAAAGGUCCCUAACGAUUGGGUUAAACCGUCGAGUAACAAGAGUGCGACAAAAGUCGCUCUCGAACUGUGGUACAACAGUAUCCUUUCUGGUAUGAGCGUAAGCUCCAGUAGUUAUCCCUACAGAGAUGAAGAUGAGCCUCUGGUACAAUGUGUCUGUGGUAACACCUCGGAAGAAGGGAUUAUCGAAUGUGAUUCCUGUGGAAAAUACCAACACCGUAUUUGUCUUGGGUACAGAAAGUCCCUUGGCAGAUAUUUAUGCCCUCAGUGUUGGAUGGACGAACCACUGUUAGAGUGUAGCGCGACGUUGAUCGUAACACCGCUAGCUUUACGGACUCAGUGGUGCAAUGAGAUUUGUAGGCAUGUUAAGGGGGGCUUCAAGGUGUUGCAGUACGAGGGGUACAGUGCUACUCCGGUAUAUCCUACGCAGUUGAAGGAGUAUGAUUUGGUUAUAACGACAUACAAUGUUUUGAAGGCUGAGUUACGGUUGACUGAAUGUGGACAGGUUGUGAAUUUGAGACGAGAAAGAAAAUAUUCCCCACCAGGUAGUCCACUGGUGCGAGUGAAGUGGUGGAGGUUGUGCCUGGAUGAAGCCCAAACUGUGGAGACACCCAGACAGAUGGUAUCAGAAAUGACAAAAAAAAUUAAUUCAACUUUCCGAUGGGCAAUUACGGGAACACCAAUUUCGAAAGAAAUAUCAGAUUUGCAGGGGCUAAUUGACUAUUUACAAAUAACACCAUACAAUGACUUCGAAACUUGGAAAUAUAUACUUUACGACCCUUAUAUGAAGGGCAACAAGGGCCCCAUGCUGGAGUUUUUAUCAAAAGUAAUGUGGAGGACAUCCAAAAUUGACGUUGUGAACCAGAUCAACAUUCCAAAACAAACUUAUAAGGAACACUUUUUGGAAUUCUCUGCAGUCGAAAAGUACUUUUACCGAAGGGAGCACGAGCUCAGUUGUAGCGAUUUCCUGCACAGGGUGCAGAACAUCGAUCCCUCUCUGCUUCUGGGGAAAAUGGACAGGAGUUGUUUGAAAAAGAUAUUGGCGCCCCUCUUGACACUAAGGCACGCCUGUACCCAUCCGAACACCUUAAGGGGCAGGUACCUGGCCACCAAAAAGCAAGUCACUUCUAUGAAGGACCUGCUCGACGCGUUAAUUUUGAAGAAUACUUCGGACAGUGAGGAGUGUUUACGUUUUGUAAUCGCCUCGCUGAAUGGUUUGGCGGGAAUUCAGCUGCUCCUGCAAGAACCCCAAGAAGCUAUAGCUCACUACAGGGAGGUCCUGCAACUUGCGGCUAGGUUUUCCGAAGGCAAUAAGGAGGCGAAGUUGAUGGUGGAUAAGCUGCAAGUUAUUCAUACCAUGCAUAAUUUGGCACAAGUGUUGGAUACUUGGCAGCCGAAUGAGCCCACUUUGAGAGACGGUAGUUUGAGGAAGGACUGCUUUGAUCUGGAACAGAAAUAUAUGGAGAAGUUCAGAAAAGAGACGGUUUCUGCCUAUGAAUCUAGCAAUGUGGCAAUGAUGCACGUUGAGGAGUUGCAACAAAAAUUUGUCUUGAAACAGGGCCAGUGGUAUUCCGACGGCUUGGAUUGGACCUUUAUUAACGAUUUUUACGGCAACCUACUGGAAAGGAUCCAAAAUGAGUGCAACAGAGCAAAUAUAGAAUGUAACUUAAGGAGUAGCAGCGAGCGGAACAUUUUGAAGCUGGUGUACACCUGGGACGAAGACGUGUUCUACUUGAGAUAUCUACUGUACGAUUCCAUGAGCAAACUGUACGACGAACAACCAGAAACGAUCUUCAAGAUCGUGAUCAAAGAGAAACUAACAGAGAAAGCCAUGAACUGCCAUCUCAGGCCGCAGAAGAAGGCGAAACAAGUGAAGUGUCCCCUCUGUUUGUGCAACGCUGAUCUGAAACGUUACGAGGCGAAACUCUUCAAUAUGGUGCAGAGGAAGAAGGCUUUUGAAGAAAUGUCUCUUCUAGGCAGUUGGAAGCCUACUCAGGAGGAGAUCAUCAUGCGAUCUUUGUUGGCGUUGUUAAAAGCAAAAAAUGGAAAUCCCGAUCAUAUUAAGGAUGGGGAGGUACACAUAAAUAUGAUAGAAGGCUUAAAGAAGGAAUUUAAGGAGAUUCGAAAGUUUUGGACACUUUUGGACAGAGAGAUAUGUGCACACGACGAACUGGAUAUAUGCAAAGUGAGAUUGCAACUAAAAGAUCCGAAUGGCGUGAUCGAGGAGAAAAAGACUGAUAGAAUUUUAAAAAGCCUCACAUAUACUUUGGAGAACAAAAACGAGCAUCUCAAUUUGAUAAGUGUGCACGAGCUCGAUUAUCAAAACUCCUUGCUGACGACGGAGCGGAAGAUGAAUAUGCAGAAAUUGGAGAAGUCGUUAGGCAUGCAGAGCUACCUGGAAACGUUGCGGAAGCAACAGUAUGAAGGACAAAGCCCGGACCCUUGUCCCAUUUGCAAGAACACCUUGGAGAACCACUGGAGUAUUUUGCUUUGUGGUCACAGUUACUGUCUGGAGUGCAUCCAAGUGCUACUAGAACAGAAUGUUGGCGAGCACAUACAGUGUUCCGUGUGCCGGAAUAAGCAGAAAUACCAGGAGAUCUCUUACAUCAAAGCCGGAAGCACCGUGACGGAUGAAGAUUGUGUGAAAAUAAAGGGAAAUUAUUCGACUAAAAUAGAAGGCGUUAUCAAAUUGCUGCUCGAAUUGAAGAGCAAUGACCCCGAUGUGAAAGUUUUACUGUUCUCAUCUUGGGCGUCCGUCUUGAAAUGCCUGAAGGAGGCGUUGGAAAUGAACGACAUAUCCUGCGAACUGGCUUUAAGUUCAAAGUUGGAAUCGCGGAUAGAAAAUUUUAAGGACCUUAAGAAACGGAUCACAGUGUUUUUAUUGCCGAUCGCUCUCGGAUCGAAAGGUUUAAAUUUGAUAGAGGCCACCCAUGUCAUCCUUGCGGAACCACUUUUGAAUCCAGCCGACGAGCUUCAAGCUGUUGGACGAGUUCAUCGGAUAGGACAAAAGAAGCCAACCACGGUCCACAAAUUUUUAAUAAAAAACACAAUCGAGGAGAGCAUCUACCAAGCGACGACAUCCGACGCUGACAGCUGGGACAAGAACAAAGUUACCCUGCACCAACUUACGGAGCUUUUCCUCAGCAAUGAGGGUGCUUUGGAUGAGGCGAACAUUACCGCCGGAUCUCAACAAGAUGUAUCGGUUUCAAACGAAAACGUCGGGACUUCAAGUACAAGUACUGCCUGAGUUUUUUUUUACGAUUUUACAUCUUUUAUUUUGGAAAUGUGAUAUUUUUAUGUCUGUCAGUAUUUAUAUAUGGAGAUAUAUUUUAGGUAUGUGUUUCUAGUUGUGUACGUGUUAGUAAAAUUUUUAGAUGGCUAUACAGGGUGUCAGAAUAAUGUCACAGAUAAUAGGAAACAUCACAUUCUCAAUACAUUUAAUUUUUUUUGUAAUAUUGUGUAUGAUAUUUUAAAUUUUUUUCAUAUCUUGUAUUUCAAGUGAACUUUAUCUUUUUUAAUGUAUGAAGAUGAAGGUUGAUUGAGUUUUUUUACUUAAAUCAUGACAUGCUCAUCGUUAAAAAUAUGUUUUAAAGUUACUGACAUAAAAAAUUAAUUUGAAAUUUAUUUUUUGUGUUUUAUGUAGAGGGUGUUCAGUUAAAAUCGGUCAAAAGUCACCAAGAGAUUUUAUAAAUUCUUUGAUAAAAUUACGGGAGUAGUUCGAAAAAAAUUUUGUCAAAAAAUGCUUUGUUUUGCAGA